GUGCUUGGACUCAGUGUUGAUUCGGCAUUUGAAGUGAGCAAUGUUUGUGGCAAAAGUUUUGUUGGUCUGUGCGGCUGUUGUGCUGGUCAGCGGCGCUCCGGAUGGAUUUGGUGCACCUCGGCAGAUAACAGGCGACGGCUUAGAAAGAUCGAAGGAGAAGCUGGAGCGCUCGCUUACUAAGCUGGCAGCUGGCGAAGGACCCGACUACCGGGUUUCGAGGAUUUUGUCGGCUAGCGUUCAGGUCGUCGCUGGUACCUUGGAGCGAUACAACGUGGAGCUGAUCGAUAGCAAUCAGGAGACGAAAGUGUGCGAUGUUGAAAUCUGGGACAGAUCGUGGCUGCCCAAUGGCAUUGAGGUGACCUUUAACUGCCCCAACGAGCCCAAACUGGUUAGGAAUCACAGCGCCUGAGCAAUGCUUACAUACAAAAUAAAGCUUACAAAUCGUAGUAACUCAA